GUCGCUUACUUCCUUUUAAUGUUAUUCCAAGGUUUUCUUCAAUGACAACAACCUCAACUCCAAUAAUUGCAACAGGGUUAGAAGAAAAUAAUAAUAAUUUAAAAAUUUUACCACCAAUUCAAAAGUUUAUAGAUUGUUCUGUGGAAGAUAUUCAAUUAUUGGAAGACUAUAAACGAUUAGCAUCCGCGAUAC